AUGAUAAAAUACAGACUAAUUAGAAAAUUAGGAGAAGGUACUUUCUCUGAGGUCCUCAAGGCAUAGUCCGUUGCCACCAACCAGUAUGUGGCAAUUAAAUGCAUGAAGUCACAUUUUGACUCGAUUGAGCAGGUCUAAAAUUUGAGAGAAAUCAAAGCUCUUUAAAGGCUCUCACCUCAUCCACAUAUCAUUUAGUUGAUUGAGGUUCUUUAUGAUGAGCCAACAGGUAGACUUGCUUUAGUUUUUGAACUGAUGGAGAUGAAUCUGUAUGAAGCAAUAAAAGGAAGAUAAAACUAUCUAGCAGAAGCUAGAGUAAAGAAUUACAUGUACUAAUUAUUCAAAGCAGUUGAACACAUGCAUAGAAAUGGCAUCUUCCACAGAGAUAUCAAACCUGAAAACAUUCUCAUUAUGGGAGAUACAGUUAAAUUGGCAGAUCUUGGAUCUUGUAGAGGUUUAUAUUCAAAGCCACCCUUCACUGAAUAUAUCUCAACCAGAUGGUAUCGUGCUCCAGAGUGCCUGCUGACAGACGGUUACUAUGGUUACAAAAUGGAUAUAUGGGGAGCAGGAUGUGUGUUUUUUGAGAUCCUUUCUCUUUUCCCUCUCUUCCCAGGCAACAAUGAGCUCGACCAAAUCAAUAAAAUUCAUAACAUUAUGGGAACGCCAGGUCAGGAAAUCUUAGAUAAUUUUUAAAAACAUGCCACACAUAUGGAGUUUAAUUUUUAGCCUAAGAAAUUUGUGGGAAUCUAGAAGCUUGUGCCUCAUGUCAGUUCGGAAGCCCAGGAUGUUAUUAUGAAAAUGAUUAUAUAUAAUGCUGAUGAUCGUUAUACUGCCUCACAGCUUCUGAAGCAUCCCUACUUUAAGGAUCUACGAGACGCAGAUUAACAUCAAAUGAGUCAAAUAACUGCUGGUCCGCAAGGCUUCGCCAAGUCCGUAUCUUCUAACCUGUAGGAUAAUUUAUCUUAAUAUUCGAGAAGAAAUUCCGACAAUGUAAGCGAGGCCGGCGAUCAGAGUUUCAAUAACAAGAGCUUUUAAAAGAAGCAGAACAAGAGAGUUGACAAGAAAAAGGUGCUUCCUAGCAACAAGAAGUUCCCUGAACUUAAAUUAAUGAUCAGCGGAGAAGGACGAAACUCAAAUAAUACCUUCUCAUCAGAUGAGGAUAAUAUGUAAUUCCCACCCAUUAAAAAGAUCCAGAAUAAUGGUCCAGGAACCAACGUAAAUGAUAACUAUGUAAAGAAUAUAAAGAAAAAUCCAUAAGCUAAGCCUGGGGUAGUGAGUGGCCUCGGAAUACAAGGAGGAAGCAUACCAGCUGAAUUCAGGCAGACAAUGAAGCACAACAACUCCAAUCAAUCAAUAUCAGGAAAGAAAUUCGUGGGAACUAUGAAAUAACCUGCACCAGGGGGAGUAGCUGCCGGAGUUGUAAUGCAAGGUGUAGCUAACAACAACAAUAAUAAGAAAAACUACAUGUCUCCCUAUUCCUAGAAAAUAGUGUAAAAACCCAAUUGA